AUGGCUACCGCACCAACAUUACAGCAGUUUCCAAAUUAUAGCUAUGAUAAUCCACCAAGUUAUUACUCCAAUCAACCAAGCAACUAUAACAAUAAUCCACCAAAUUAUUACCCCAAUCAACCAAGCAACUAUAACAAUAAUCCACCAAAUUAUUACCCCAAUCAACCGAAUUAUUAUGGCAAUCAGCCGAAUCAGGCGUAUGGUGCUCCAUGGACCACUGGCACGCCUGUAAGGCCUGUAAAUUACGGACAACAAACAGCUGGAAAUCAGCGUUCUUGUUGUCAGGAAAUAAUGCUCUGCUUAGGAGCGUGCGCGUGUCUGACUUGCUUAUGCGAAUCUGGUUGUUAUCUAUGUGAGAUGUUAUCGAAUUAA